CCUUGAGUGCUCAAAGGCACAUUUUUAAAAUGCAGAAGUGGUUUCUGUCUGAAUAUGUAGAACCAAUCGAAGGACUUAACAGGCUUUUGGAAGUUGACAGGGUUACUGUCAAGCAAAUAAAACGAAGUCAAAGUUCAAAGCUACAUGAUGCGGUAGUUUAUGAAGCGUUACUUGAUACAUCUGAACUACUUUUAAAAUUUGUUGAAAAAUCUAGUUUUGCACAAAGAUUUUGGUGUGGAUCUAAUAGAGCAUUUGAUAUGGAAGUGCGAAAUGUAAAUGGCAAACUUGUGAUGCAUCUUCAACGACCAUUAAAAUGUUCAGCAGUGAUAUGCUUCUGCUGCCCUUAUGAAAUGAAAGUUGAAGCUCCAGUAGGUGAACCAAUGGGUAGUAUUGUACAAAAUUAUGGACGAUUUGGUCAUGUAUUUUAUUUGAAAGAUUGGAAUGACAAUAUUAAUCUUGAUAUAAAGGGGCCUUGGUUUUCUUAUACUUGCUGUUUAGAUCUUAUUUUUAAAAUUUAUGCACAUGGACACAAUAGAUCGAUUGGACGGAUAAUAUGUCGUCGAGACCAAGAAAAUGACAGUUUCCGUAUUGACUUCCCUUUAGAUUUGGAUUAUCGUAUGAAACUUUUGCUUAUUUGUGCUGCAAUAUUUUUAGAUUUUGUAUACUUUGGAACUAAAUAAAUACGCCUUCAAAUGUUGCCUUUUAUAUACAUACAUAUAUAUAUAUAGUUUGUGUAAAACAAAUAUUCUCACCGCUUUCUUAAAAAUCUUGGGACCAAUGAAACAAGAAUCGCAUAAGAAUGCAUAAACAAAGAUGGUUGAUUCAAUGAUCAAUUAUUACAAGGAAAAAAAAGUUACUGCAAAUACAACCAAACUACAAUGAAUUACUAAUUUAAAAUCACAAGAAUCAGUCACUGAUCAUUUUUGUAUUCACAUUGAUAAUAUCAACUGUUGUUUUCACAAUUGAAUAAUUUAUUUAUCCCUUCGUCAUUUAUCUGUGUGUUGUUGAUUUUGUUUUACUGUAACAAAAGACCAUAUUUAUUGAACAUAUUUUAAAUUCUACUCUACUGCUUUGAAUCUAUCCAUCCAUAUUCACGUAUGUACAUGUUUUUUUUCUGUGCUUUUUUUGUUUCUUCAACGAAUAAAACUCGGUGGUUGGCUGUGUACAGACAGAUAUUAUAGAUAGACAGAUAGGUGUGUAAACACACCGAUGUAGACGUCCAUCUAACAAGUACACAUAUUAAAAAACCAUAUGAUCUUCUAGGAUGAAUCACAAGGCCAAAAAAAUAUAUAUUUUUUGAUGAAAUAAUAAAUCUGAUUUCUGAUUUUUUUUUUAAUUUUAGUAUUUACUAGUUAAAUUGUGAUAAUUUUAGUUCAUUUUCAAAUUUAUGCUUUCAAAUAAUUUCACAAUAGACAUUUUUUUUGUAAUCAGAUACGAUUGUGUGCAUUGAAUUAUUACUGAACUGAACUGUGUGAAUUAUCAUGCGGAACUAUUCUUUUCCUAUGGUUGGAUUGUAGUUUCAAAAGACAAAAUUACUUGUUAUUAUUAUCAUUUGACUGAUUCAAUUUAUUUGAUAAUAUUCAAUGUAUGUGUAAAAUAAUUUUAUCUUUUCAAAAAUUUUGAAAAAUAUUAUCUAUAUAUAUAUAUUUAUACAUAUAUACAUUUUCAUGUACGAAUUACAUACGUCUGUUACCCAUAAUAGCCCGCUGACUAGCCAAUUACUUUUCUGGUUAGCGUUUUCUUACGUGUUGGAUUUCCACGAGAUGGAGUCGUCAACACCCCAUACCCAAACCUAUUCCUUUAUGUUAGGGACGUUAGAUCCCCAGAACUCACUUGGAAAAGGUGCUAAUCUUGGAUUUUGUGUUUUCGCGCAUAGGCUGAUCAGUUGAUCUUGAGUUCACAUUUCCCACUCGGAAAAUCGUUGAUUGUCAUUGGUGAUGUAUUAUUUUUUUGUGGCUCUCCCAAGGACGCUUCUAUCAUGCCCAAAUAAACUCGAUUUGUGUGCUUGUCAACCUCAUGUUUUCUGGGUGCUUGUAGAAUAAACUUUCUACGCCUGA